GGAUUCAGAAGUGAUAUGGACAUCCCACCACAGCCCCAAACCCCAGGGGGAACCCAGGAGUCCGGGACCCCAGUCGCCUCGCAGAGCCGGGGAGAGAACGCAGGAGUCCUGGCUCCAAACAUCCACCGCCCGCACCAGCUCCCACCCACUGGACUCCACUCCGCUACCAGAUAUGGGGCUAAACCCAGGAGUCCCGGCUCCCCACGCAAGCCCAGCAGAUUUGCCCCGACCCGUCCCAGAAUUGUGGGGGGGAGCCGACGGACGGACCCAGGUGUCCCGUCCUACUUUGUCUCUGACUAUGACCCUACCAUCGAGGACUCAUACACUAAGAUCUGCAACAUUGAUGGCAUCCCCACCCGGCUGGACAUCCUGGACACAGCGGGGCAAGAGGAGUUUGGGGCCAUGCGGGAGCAGUACAUGCGCACGGGUGAGGGGUUCCUGCUCAUUUUCGCCAUCAAUGACCAUGGCAGUUUCAAUGAGAUCAACAAGUUCCACACCCAGAUCCUGCGGGUCAAGGACCGUGAUGAGUUUCCCAUGAUCCUCGUGGGCAACAAGGCCGACCUGGACAUGCAGCGCCAGGUGCCCAAGGAAGAGGCACUGGCUUUUGCCCGGGAGAAUCGCAUCCCUUACAUGGAGGCCUCGGCCAAAAUCCGCCUCAACGUGGACGAGUCCUUCCACGAAGUUGUCAGAGCCAUCAGGAGGUUCCAGGAACAGGAGUCCCCACCUGCCCCCACUGCACACCCCACAAGCAAAGAGUCCAAGGGCUGCCCCUGCUGUAUCCUCUAGCAGGGCACUGGAGGGAUCCACCCCUCCCCCACGACUUUCAACCCUGGCACCCAGAAAGGAAAGGGAGAUCCCUCCCUGAAUCCUUGGGGUGCUGGGGGGAUGGUAUUACAGCAGCAGAGGGGUGCAACAGCAGGCUGAGAGGGGCUGGCCUGCCAGUGUUGCAUGUAAAUAUCUAUAAAUA